AUGUCGCGGAGAGAUCCUCAGUUCAACCAACAAAACCUCUACGACCCGACGCCUAUGCCCAAUGGCGUCCCUAAGGUUGCGGAGAUUGGAGCUACUUCUGCGCCACUGACCAGCGCUGCUUACUUCAUUGGAGACCGGUGCAAGGCAUUCAACGAUGACUACAUGAAGUGCAAGGACGAGUCGAACGGGCGGGGAGAGGUUGAGUGUCUCAAGGAGGGCAGGAAGGUGACCCGCUGUGCGGCCAGUGUUAUCAAGGAUAUCAACACGCACUGCCUCCAGCAAUUCAACACUCACUGGCAGUGCCUGGAGAACAACAACCACCGACUAUGGGAAUGCCGCAAGGAUGAGGUGGAGUUGAACAAGUGUGUUUUUGACCAGCUGGGCCUCAAGAAGACUAUCCCCGGAACCCCCGAGAACGUCACCCCCGUGCAUCUCCGACCUAAGCAGCUGUAUGCUUCUUUCCCCGGACCGCAAUAUUAA